AUGAGUGUAUCUAUGCGAGAUAUGCUGGCUGCUGGCGUGCAUUUUGGCCAUCAGACCAGAUUCUGGAACCCCAAGAUGGCGCCUUACCUGUUUGGCGCUCGAAACAAAAUUCACAUCAUCAACCUCGAGCAGACCCUGCCUGCCUUCAACGAUGCGCUGAGCCAGAUUCAGGCACUCGCACGUAAAGGCAAUAAAAUCCUGUUUGUGGGUACCAAAAGAGCAGCUGCGAAAGUGGUGAACGAGCAGGCCUCACGCGUGGGUAUGCCAUUUGUCGACCAGCGCUGGCUGGGCGGGAUGCUGACCAACUAUAAGACCAUCCGUCAGUCUAUUCGUCGCCUGCAGGACCUUGAAAAACAAUCCGAAGAUGGCACUUUUGAAAUGCUGCCAAAGCGCGAAGCGCUGCAGAAAACCCGGGUUAUGGAUAAGUUAUUCGCCAGUCUUGGUGGUAUUAAAGACAUGGGCGGUCUACCUGAUGCAUUGUUUGUUAUUGACGUGCAGCACGAACACAUUGCCAUCAGUGAAGCCAAUAAACUUGGCAUUCCUGUGUUUGGCAUUGUUGACAGUAACAGUGAUCCGGAUGGCGUCGAUGUCGUGAUUCCCGGUAACGAUGACGCCAUUCGUGCGAUUCGUCUGUAUGUCACGGCUGUGGCUGAUGCCAUCGCUGCUGGCCAGAACCAGGCUUCCUUGAAGGUUGAUCCAGACGAGUUUGUCGAAGUCAGCGACGAUGCCGCAAGCGCUGCAGCGCCGGUGGCUAACAUUUCUGCCGGUGUGUCGGCAUCCGUUGAAGAAGCCUUUGCAGAGCAGGACGAAACUGCAGCGAGCACCACGGCAGAUGCACCUGCAAUUGAAGAACUGCGUAAGUCGAGUGCAUUAAAAGCAGCCAAGAAAUCCGGCCGCACAACGGCGGAUGGCCUGUUGGGCAUUAAAGUGGCUGAUGAUGGCAGCCGCGGAGCAGUUGUAGAGGUCAAUAUCGAAACUGACUUUGCGGCUAAAAACGAGAAAUUUAUUGCCUUUGUAGACAAGGUGCUCAAUCAGAUCUUUGCUGCAGGCAACAAUGAUUUGCAGGCGCUGUUAGAUGCAGGCCUUGAGGCUGAGCGUGAAACUCUGGUUCAGGAAAUUGGUGAAAAUAUCACCAUCCGCCGGGCCGAAGUCAUUAAUUCCCAGACCGGUGGCAUUACCAGCUACCUGCACGGUGAUUCCCGCAAAGGCGCUUUAGUGGAACUGUCCGGCCCUGCUGAAGAAUUGGGACGGGAUGUGGCUAUGCAUGUCACUGCUUUGAACCCUUUAGUGGUUAACAGCACUGAUGUGCCCGCGGAGCUUCUUGCGAAAGAGCGGGAAAUUUACACCACGCAAGCCAACGAUAGUGGCAAGCCUGCGGAAAUCGUCGAGAAGAUGGUAGAUGGCAGGGUGAAGAAAUUUCUGGCCGAAGUCAGCCUGGUCGAUCAGCCUUUUGUCAAAGACGAUAAGCAGAAAGUCGGUGCGCUGGCGAAAGCAGCUGGCGUUGAGGUUUUGCGCUUUGUCCGCUUUGAGGUGGGUGAGGGCAUUGAAAAAGACGAAACUGAUUUUGCUGCAGAAGUGGCGGCUCAACUGGGCGGCACCCUCGGCGGUGAAGCCGGCUUUGGUCUGGAGCCCGCUGUGUUACAGCAGCUGGCUGCAGACAUCAAAGUGCUCACCAAGCAGGGUGUGUCGCUGGCGUUAGUGUUGGGCGGCGGCAACGUGUUCCGCGGUCAGAAACUGGCGGAAUCUGGUAUGGACCGUGUGGUUGGCGACAGAAUGGGCAUGCUGGCCACAGUAAUGAAUGGCUUGGCCAUGGGCGAUUUCCUGUCCCAGGCUGGCGUUGCCAACAAGCUGUUUUCCAGUAUGGAUAUUCCUGGUGUCGCGCAGGGAUAUCACCGCGACGAGGUCCGCGAUCUGCUGCAGCAGGGUGUCGUUUGUAUUUUAAGUGGCGGCACCGGGAAUCCUUUUUUCACCACCGACACGGCAGCCUGUCUGCGUGGUGUGGAGUUGAACGUCGACGCCGUGCUGAAAGCCACCAAUGUCGACGGCGUUUACGAUGCAGAUCCGAAAAGUAACGCACACGCCCGUAAAUUCGAUACGGUCAGCUACGAUGAGGUUUUACAGCGCCAGUUAGGUGUUAUGGAUCUGACGGCGAUCAUUCUUUGCAAAGAGAACGCGAUGCCGCUUGUGGUGUUCGACAUGAUGGCAAAAAACGUUCUGCAGGACAUUGCGGCCGGUAAAUCAAUAGGGGUAGUUGUCACCAUGAUAGAUGAGAUUGUUGAAGAUGCAGACGAACGUAUGGGGAAAUCAUUGGAUUCACUCCAGCAGGCGUUUGCAAAAAUCAGAACCGGGCGCGCUAAUCCGUCACUCCUGGAUACCGUUACCAUUGAGUACUACGGGUCGGUCACACCACUAAGUCAGGUGGCCUCCAUAUCAGUCGAAGACGGUCGCACCCUGACGGUUUCCCCCUGGGAAAAACCGCUCAUUCCAGAAAUCGAAAAAGCCAUUUUGAAAAGCGACAUUGGUAUCACCCCAGUGUCGACCGGAGAUGUCAUCCGCGUGCCAUUGCCGCCGUUGACCGAGGAGAACCGCAAAGAUCUGGCCAAAGUUGCGCGCAGCGAGGCGGAAAACUGCCGCAUUGCUAUCCGUAAUAUUCGUCGUGAUGCCAUUAACGACGUACGUGAGCUGGUGAAAGAGAAAGAGGCCACUGACGACGACGCGCAUCGCGCAGAGGAUCGGAUCCAGAGCGUCACAGCAGCGCUCCAGGGCUCCGACUCUAUCCAAAUGAACAACAACGUUAAGCCAGGAUCCUCGCCUGCGUCAAACAACGUCGCAACAGAUGUUCAGCUCAGUGUGCCAAAGCACAUUGCAAUCAUCAUGGAUGGUAAUCAUCGCUGGGCGAAGAAGCGUCAUUUGCCUGGUGCUGCCGGACAUCGAGCUGGUGCCAAAAGGCUGCGUGAAAUAGCUGAAGCCUGUGCUGAUCUCGGCGUCGAAAAUCUUACCCUGUUUGCUUUCAGCACGGAGAACUGGCAGCGGCCGACACGUGAAGUCAGCCUGUUGAUGGAUCUCAUGCGACAUGUCAUGGAAAACGAUCUGGCAGAGCUCAAUCGUCGUGAGGUGCGCCUGCGCGUAAUUGGUGAUCGCUCCCGGUUUGCGCAGGACAUACAGGCGAAAAUGGCGGACUGUGAGGCGUUAACCGCGACCAAUACAAAACUCAACUUAAGUGUCGCAGUUAACUUCGGCGGCCGCUGGGAUAUCGUAGAAGCGGCUAAAAGCAUGGCAAAACAAGUGCAGAGGGGAGAGCUUGAUCCCGAACUGAUCACUGAAGAAGAGUUUGCCCGGCAUAUGGCGCUGGGACAGAUCCCAGACCCUGAUCUGCUUAUCCGCACCGGUGGCGACCAUCGCAUCAGUAAUUUUUUAUUGUGGGAUCUUGCUUACGCGGAACUCUAUUUUACGGAGAGGGUGUUCUGGUUGCCACCAGGAUGGUUUGCGCUGGUUUUCUGGGCGGUAUCGGCGCUGGGUUGUUUUGAGUGGGCCAAUCUUCUGCACCUGCAGAAAACCGCGCAGAAGCUCGCCUAUGUGGCCGCCUAUGGUGUGCUGGCAGGCGCGCUUUAUUCAGGCCUGGCAAGUUACGCCGCGGCUUUAUGGCUUGGUGCUCUGGUCUGGUUGUUUGCGGUCAUCGGAGUGUUGGUUUUCCCCAAGGGCACGGAGAUUUAUCGCCAGCGCCUGUUGAUGGGCCUGCUUGGCUGGGCUUUGUUUGUGGCGGCCUGGUCAGCUCUGGUGGUUAUUCGUUCAGCGCCACAGGGUAGUUUCUGGUUGGUGUGGCUGUUUGUGUUGGUCUGGGGUGCGGACAUCGGCGCUUAUUUCAGCGGUCGUGCAUUCGGCAAACGAAAACUCGCCCCUGCGGUGAGCCCGGGUAAAAGCUGGGAAGGGGCGAUUGGCGGGUUCGUGCUGGCAGCUGUUUUGUGUGGCGUGGGUGCGGCGCUGCUGCAGGCCGACCUGAGAUUCUGGCUGCCGUUGACAGCGGGUUUGAUUGUUCUGUCGGUCUUUGGCGAUUUGUUUGAAAGCGUCAUGAAAAGGUCCAGCGGCGUUAAAGAUUCUGGCACACUGCUGCCCGCGUUUAUUGCCGUUCUCGGGGUCCUGGUGACCUUCCAUGAGUUUGGGCAUUACAUUGUUGCUCGCUGGUCUGGCGUGGGUAUUCUGCGUUUUUCUGUUGGUUUUGGGCGUCCGCUGCUGUCACGGACUGACAAACACGGCACGCAGUUCACCCUUGCCAUGAUACCGCUGGGUGGCUACGUACGUAUGUACGACGAGCGCGACAUGCUUUCUGAGGAUGACGCUGAGAUAGGCGUACCGCCAGGUACCGUGUCUUUCAUGGAUCUGCAUCCUGCCUGGCGGAUCGCCAUUUCAUUAGGCGGUCCCGUGGCUAAUUUCAUUCUUGCCAUUGUGGUUUAUUGGGCACUGGCUGUAGCGGGCAGCUUCAAUAUCACGCCGAUGGUUGCGUCUGCUGCUGCUGACAGUCCUGCAGCGCUGGCUGGCCUUGAUCAACCGGUCCAGAUUCUCAGCGUUGACGGGCGGGUAGCCAAUGGCUGGCAGGAUAUCGGCCUCGGGCUCACUGAUCGAUUGGGUGAAAGUGGGGUUAUCGCGCUGGGCGUGCGCGAUCUGCAGACCAACCGCUCGUUUACCGUCGACGUACCCAUUAUGGAUUGGCACGAAGGUGUUGGUGAACCUGACGUUAUUGGUUCUCUGGGUCUGCAACCUGUGGUGCUCAGCGUUGUCGGUGAACUGGUUGAAGACUCACCCGCUGUGCAGGCUGGUCUGCAGCCGGGCGACUUUGUCACCGCUGUAAACGGCGAGCCUGUCCUGUCCUGGGCAGAUUGGGCCGGGCAGAUCGAGCAACAUCCAAACCAGCGUAUCAGCAUAGAGCUCUACCGCGAGGGACGCCAACUGCAGAUCAGUGCUACGCCCGGCAGCCGGAUGUUGAGCGACGGCACCGAAGUCGGUUCAAUCGGAGUUUAUCAACCGCAGAUAGAAGUGUCCCAUGGGGUGCUGGGUGCCGUCGGUGUAGGUGUCACCGAGACCUGGGAUAAAACGGUGAUGAUUCUAUCCGUCGUCAAAAAAAUGAUUACCGGUAAGGUGUCCGUUAAAAAUCUGUCUGGACCUAUCAGUAUCGCCCAGGUGGCCGGAGAUUCUGCAAAGUACAGCUGGCGUUCUUUUGUUGGUAUCCUGGCGUUUCUCAGUGUUUCGCUGGGUGUUUUUAACCUGUUACCCAUUCCUAUCCUUGAUGGCGGCCACGUGGUUAUGCACACUGCGGAACUGGUCACCGGCAAGCCCGAAUACCGUUUUCAUGCGCUAUCUGGCUUUGCGCUUUUCUGUGUGGUGCCGAUGUGCAGCACGCUACCCGAUCCAAGUUUUCGCAUCACAGAUGUGCGCCUGCAGGGGUUACAGCGGGUUUCUGCGGGUACUGUUUUCAACCUUAUUCCAGUUGGGGUGGGCGACCAGCUGGAUCAGCUGGCGGUGCGCGCGACCCUGCGUGAAUUGUUUGCUUCCGGAUAUUUCAAAGACAUCCGUAUUGGUCGCGACGAUGGCGUGUUGAUUGUCACCGUGGUUGAGCGCCCGGCGAUCGAAUCGAUCACCAUUGAAGGUAACAAAGCGAUUCAAACAGAAGCCUUACUGGACGGAUUAGGCCAGCAGGGUUUGCGUGAAGGGGAGAUUUUCAAGCAGGCAACGCUGGAGCGCGUCGGUCUUGAACUGGAACGUCAGUAUGUCGCCCAGGGUCGCUAUGGCGCCAGUAUUGAGACGGAGAUUGAAGAGCUGCAACGCAAUCGGGUCAAUGUCAAAAUUGUCAUUGAGGAAGGCAAAAACUCAGGUAUUCGCCACCUCAAUAUCGUCGGUGCGCAGGCGUUCAGUGAUGCAGAAUUGCUCGACGUGCUGGAACUGAAACACCCCAGCCUGCUGUCGUUUUAUCGUAAUGACGAUAAGUACUCGCGGGAGAAAUUAUCCGGCGACCUGGAAACUCUGGAAUCUUUUUACAAAGACCGAGGUUAUGCCGACUUCGACAUUUACUCUACCCAGGUAAGUAUCACGCCUGAUCGGCAACAGGUUUACAUCACCAUCGGUAUUAAAGAAGGUGAUAUCUACACCAUCAAUGAAGUUAAUCUGGUUGGCGAACUCGGUGAUGUUCGACCAGAAGAUUUACGCCGUCUGUUUGUGGUUUCCGAAGGCCAGACCUUUAAUCAGGCUCGCAUUACGGCCACCGAAGAGCGUUUAACCGGUGCGCUGGGUAACUCGGGUUUUACCUUCGCCUCUGCCAGUGGGGUGCCAAAAUUGAACGAUGACGGCACUGUAGACGUUGAGUUCUUUGUUAACUCCGGCAAGCGGGCGUAUGUACGUCGCGUUUCGUUUACCGGCAAUCGGGUUACCCAGGACGAAGUGAUGCGGCGUGAAUUGCGCCAGAUGGAAGGUUAUUUCAAAGGGGUCGACGUUGAAACGCCACCGGUGCCUGGUACUGACGAUCAGAUAGAUGUGAAUUUUUCUGUUGAGGAAUCAGCAAGUUUUAACUAUUUCGACCCGUAUUACACCCUGGAUGGUAUCAGCCGUGGGUUUAAUGUUUUUGUGCGCCGGUUGGAUUUUGAUGAGCGCAACAUUGCGCGUUAUGCCACAGAUUCAGCAGGGGCGGGUGUUAAUUUCGGUUUUCCGAUCGGUGAAGUGCAGCGCAUCAAUUUCGGCCUGCUGGCUGAGUGGACGGACAUUACCGAGGGUGCUUUUGCUGCCCAGGAAAUUUCCGACUUUAUUGAGAAAAACGGCGAAGAGUCGCUGAACUUCAAGCUGAAUUUUUCCUGGAGCAAGUCAACUCUAAACCGUGGUCUGUUUGCCGACCGCGGUGCGUCUCAAUCGUUGGCGUUUGAGGUCUCCGUACCAGGCAGCGACCUGCAGUUCUACAAAAUCAACUACACCGCAGAACGUUAUUUCCCGAUUACGCAGACCUGGACACUCAGGUUGCGCUCCGAACUUGGCUUCGGUGAUGGUUAUGGCUCGACAACACAACUGCCGUUCUAUCAGAACUUCUUUGCCGGCGGUUUUGGUUCUGUACGCGGGUUUGAGAAUUCAACGCUGGGUCCACGCAGCACGCCACCGGUUGAUGCCAAUGGCAAUCCUAUUUUCAUUGGCGACCGACGUGGUGACCCGCUGGGCGGCAACCUGUUAGUGGAAGGCUCUGCAGAACUGAUCUUCCCAUUCCCGUUUGUUGAUGAUAACCGGCAGUUCCGCCCCGCUUUUUUUGUUGAUGUCGGCAACGCCUUCAAUACCCAAUGCCCUGAAGUUGCGCAGAACUGUUUCGAUUUUGAUCUGGACGAACUGCGUUAUUCCGUCGGGUUUGGUAUGACCUGGUUGAACGAUUUCAAUUUGAACUUGGCCGCACAUUCUGAGGUAAUGAUUAAGAAGUUUGCCCAAAUGGCGAUGGUAGCCAUGAUGUUCGCCACUGUGGCAGCUCAGGCUGAAAUGAAAAUAGUAGUACUGGAUUCAGUGCGUGCCAUUCUGGAGAGUGAUGAAGCCAAAAUUCUGGCUGAUGCCGCGAACAAAGAAAUGGAAGCUGAACAGAAUGAACUGCGGGCCCUCGCCGAGGAAAUGCAGGCAUUGAACACGAAGCUGCAGACAGACGGAGAAGUCAUGUCAGCAACGGAAUCGCGCAAGGUGCAGAAGGAUAUCGAAGAUAAACAGAUAGAUCUGCAAUUCCGCGGUCAGAAGCUGCAGAAAGAAGUUCAGGACAGACGUCAGGAAAUCCUCCAGGAACUGGCGCCAAAGUUCGACAAAGUCUUAAAAGACAUUAUUUCUGUUGAUCAGAUCGAUCUGAUUAUGGCGCCCAAUGCGCUGCAGUAUGCCAACUCAAAACACGACAUCACUCGUCGCGUCACAGAAAAGUUGAACGAAGAGCAUAUUGCGCAAACGAUUGACGCAACGGUAGCCGGUGAUAGUGCUGUCGAGCUGCAUGGUCUGGGUAGUCUGGGCAGUGCCAGCGCCGGUCAGCUGAGCCACCUUUCCAGUUCGAAUUAUCGGCAUAUGCUGGCCACAACCGAGGCCAGCGCCGUUAUCCUGCGUCCGGAAGAUGCUGCGGAUUGCCCGACUACUGCUCUGAUUGUCGAUAACCCCUAUCUGGCCUUUGCCAAAGCGUCCAUGUGUUUUGUACAACCUGUGCAGAUGGCUGCGGGCAUUCAUGCCAGUGCUGAAAUCGGCGAAAACUGUCAGAUUGAUGCAACUGCCAGCAUCGGCCCUCAUGUUGUGAUUGGCGCGGAAACGGUUGUUGGUGCGGGGGUUAAAAUUCACGCAGGUGUGAGUGUCGGGGCGCGUUGUCAUCUCGCGUCCGGCGUCAUGCUGCAUGCCAAUUCAACCCUCUACAGCGAUGUUCAACUGGGCGAAAAUACUCAGAUACACAGUGCAGCGGUGAUUGGAGCCCCCGGGUUCGGGUUUGCGCCAGAUGCCAUGGGGCAUCUGCAUGAAAUUGCUCAGAUUGGUGGCGUUGUUAUCGGUGCCAACGUCAGUGUUGGGGCGGGUUCUACCAUUGACUGCGGGGCGAUUGAUGCCACGGUUAUUGAAGAGGGAGUGAAAAUCGAUAACCAGGCCAUGGCGCAGCUGUCCGGCGUGCUGGCAUUUGAAACCAAAGACAAGCGUCCGGCGGAUGGUGUGAACUAUCUGUUUGGCGGUGUUGAAAAGGCGCGCUUCCGACGUCCGGUUAUUCCAGCGUACAUGAUUGAUGGCCGCGCCAUCAUAGAUCCCAGUGCGGUACUGGGCGAAAAUGUAUCAGUGGGUCCCUGGUCAAUUGUCGGUGCUGACGUUGAGCUGGGUGAUAACGUUCAGAUCGCCUCCCAUGUAGUGGUAAAAGGCCCAACGAAAAUUGGCGCCGGGGUAAAAAUAUUUCAAUUCUCAACGGUCGGUGAAGAUACGCCGGCAUUUGCCUUUGCAGGUGAAGAAACCCAUCUGACCAUUGGUGAAAAUACCGUCAUACGGGAAGGUGUGACCAUUCACCGGGGCAUGACAAAAGGCGGCAUCAGUCGCACUGAGGUGGGCAAAAACUGUCUGCUUAUGGCCUAUGUUCAUAUCGGUCACGACUGCAUUGUUGGCGAUCACGUGGUGAUGGCAAACAACGCUUCUCUGGCAGGCCAUGUCGUGGUUGGCGAUUAUGCUAAUUUCGGCGGCUAUUCGGGUAUUCCUCAGUUCCGUCAUAUCGGCGCCUAUACCCAUAUCGCAGCCAUGAGUCUGGUGCUUAAAGAUGUACCUGCUUACAUGACAGUCAGUGGCAACCCAGCUGUUGCAGUGGGAUUGAAUACCGAAGGCAUGAAGCGACGUGGCUAUUCCAAAGCAACAAGCGCAGCCCUGCGCCAGGCACACCGUAUUGUCUAUCGCAACGGUUUGACCGUAAAAGAAGCGUUGGCGGAGUUAGCGCCUAUGCGAACCGAAUUUGCGGAAGUUGACCUGUUUGCACAAUCGGUUGAAGCAACGAUUACCGUUGGAAUUCUUGCCGGCGAGGCAUCAGGGGAUAAUCUUGGCGCUGGCCUGAUGACGGCCAUGCAGGCCCAAUCCAAACAAACCCUGAAGUUCAUUGGUGUUGGCGGUGAGGCAAUGGUCGCAGCCGGACUGUCUGCAUUGGCACCUCUGGACGCGCUGGCGGUAAACGGCUUUCGUGACCCUAUUCUGAAGCUGCCUGAGUUGAUCUCUUUAUUACGACGUCUGAUCAGAACUUUUGAGCAAGCGCAGAUCGAUGUGUUUGUGGGGAUAGAUUUCAAUGUCUUCAAUUUUAUUCUCGAAGCAGCACUGCGCAAGCGCGGAAUAAAAACUGCUCAUUACGUGAGUCCCUCAGUCUAUGCCUGGCGAGCCGGACGUACCAAACGCGUCGCCAGAAGCGCAGACCUGUUGCUGUGUCUGUAUCCGUUUGAGCCUGCAUUUUACGCGCAGACCUCUGUGCAUGCUGAGUUUGUCGGUCACCCGCUGGCUGACGAGAUUGAUAUGUCGGCGGGCGCUGAUCCCGCGCGAUUGACCGCACGACAGGCGUUGGGUGUCGGGUCAGAUGCAACUGUUCUGGCGAUGCUGCCUGGCAGUCGCAACAGCGAAGUAGAACUGAUGAUUGAACACUUUCUCGGCGCUGCUGCGUUGUUCGCAGAGCAAACACCAGACACUGUAACAGUGAUUCCCUGCCUACGAACGACAAUUAGAGAACGGGUUGAAACAGCACUGCAGGCUUAUCCGCAGCUGGUGGUCAAACUCUACGAGGGUAACGCCCGCCAGGCUCUGGUGGCUUGUGAUGUUGCUCUGGUGAAGUCCGGCACCAGCACCCUGGAAGCGAUGUUGUUGCAUCGUCCGAUGGUGGUCAGUUACAGGUUGGGAUGGUGGACCUACCAGCUGGCAAAACGGGUUUUGCGUACACCCUAUGUGGCGCUUCCCAACAUUCUGGCCGGACGCCCGCUGGUACCGGAGUUGUUGCAGCACGAUGGCACGGCUCAGGCGCUUGCUCAAGCACUGCAGCAGGUGGGCAUCGGUCCAUUGGCUGGCCCGGUGGUAGCAGCGGCAGUCAUCCUUGACCCUGCUAACCCGAUUGAAGCGCUCGCCGAUUCAAAAAAGCUUACGCCGAAAAAACGCGAAAUUCUGGAUCUUGAGAUUCGGCAGAAUAGUCUGUGUUGGGCACUGGGUUGGGCCUGGGUGGAUGAAAUUGAUGAACUGAACAUCCUGCGCGCCAGCCAUGUGGCUAUGCAACGUGCCUGUGAGCAACUGCGUGCUGUACCCGUGCACAUCUGGGUGGAUGGUAAUAAGGUGCCAGAAUUUGGUGUGCCAGCGGUUGCUGUUGUGCAGGGUGAUAAACAUGUGCCGCAAAUCAGUUAUGGUUUUGCUCAGCACAAAGGUUAUCCCACAAAGGCGCACCUGGCUGCGCUCCUGGCAUUAGGAGUCCCGGACCGCGUGAGUGAAAACACUGCAAGUCCAAACGAACCAGGUACCUUAGUCGACCCGGGUUUUGUGCAUCUGCAUGUGCACAGCGAGUUUUCUCUCGCUGACGGAUUGCUAAAGGUGAAGCCGCUGAUUGCAAAUCUGGCAGGGCAGGGUGCGCCUGCGGUGGCGCUUACCGACAUUGGUAACCUGUUUGCUCUGGUGAAGUUUUAUGAAGCCGCGCUUGGGCGCGGGAUCAAGCCGAUUCUCGGGGUAGAGCUUCAAGUGCAGACAAGUGAAGACGCCGAGGAGCAGCCUGCGCGCGUGGUGCUGCUGGCGAUGAACAAGCAGGGUUACAACAACCUGAUACUGCUGGUGUCCGCCAGCUACACCACAGUCACGACCCGGGGAUUAGUCACAGAAGCGCUGGUUUUUCAGCAUUCGGAAGGGUUGAUUGCCCUGUCUGGUGGGGUAGGUGGGCAUCUUUGGCAGCAUGCCGUAGAUGGCGAUCAGGCGCUGUUAGCGCCACGCAUUCAACGCUGGCAGGCUGAAUUUGGUGACCGUUACUAUCUAGAACUCACCCGUACUGGACGAACGGGGGAAGAUGCUGCUAAUGCCAGUUUGGUGACCAUGGCGACUCAGCUCGGUGUGGCCGUGGUGGCAACCAACGACGUCUGUUUUGCUGUGCCAGAAGAUUUUGAGGCCCAUGAAACACGGGUUGCCAUCCAUGAAGGCAUGACCCUGGAUGACCCUCGUCGACAGCGUAAAUACAGCGAACAGCAAUAUCUGCGCAGCGAUGCGGAAAUGGCGGCGCUGUUUGCAGAUAUACCCGUUGCGCUGCAGAACUCGGUGGAAAUUGCCAAACGCUGUUCGGUUGAAGUGCAGUUGGGUGAAUACAAACUGCCGGAUUAUCCUAUCCCUGAAGAACACACAGCCGCCAGCUUCCUGCAGCUGACCGCCAUGCAGGGGUUGGAUGAGCGCAUCGAGACCCGCGGCUUGCGUGCCCCGGACGCCACCAGAGAUGACUACGUCGCCCGGCUCGAGUUCGAACUCAACGUCAUUAAUGAGAUGGGCUUUGCCGGUUAUUUCCUGAUUGUUAUGGAAUUUAUUGCCUGGGCUAAAGCCAACUCCAUACCCGUUGGGCCGGGACGAGGCUCCGGCGCCGGUUCGCUGGUUGCUUAUGUGCUUGGAAUCACUGAUUUAGACCCCCUCGAAUACGAUCUGUUAUUCGAACGUUUUCUGAAUCCUGAACGGGUAUCGAUGCCGGAUUUCGAUGUCGAUUUCUGUAUGGAAGGCCGUGAUCGCGUUAUCAACCAUGUCAGUGAGCUGUACGGCCAUGAAGCGGUCAGCCAGAUCAUUACAUUUGGCACGAUGGCGGCAAAAGCUGUGGUGCGGGAUGUGGCGCGGGUGCAGGGCAAACCUUAUGGACUGGCGGACAAGCUUUCGAAACUUAUUCCCUUUGAAGUCGGUAUGACGCUGACCAAGGCGAUGGAGGAGGCUGCUGACCUGCGGGAGUUUGUCGAAAGCAGCGAAGAAGUUGCCGAGAUCAUGGAGAUGGGGUUCAAGCUCGAGGGCAUUGUACGCAACGUCGGGCGUCAUGCGGGUGGCGUGGUGAUUGCCCCCAGACUGCUUACUGAAUUUGUGCCGCUCUACACGGAAGAGCUUGGCGGCAGUCUGGUCAGCCAAUACGACAAAGAUGACGUAGAGCGUGCGGGUCUGGUUAAGUUCGACUUCCUCGGCCUUAAAACGCUGACCAUCAUUGACUGGACAGUGCAGAGUAUCAACGCCGGCAAGGCCGAAGGUGAACCACCAUUGGAGAUCGAAGCACUGCCACUGGACGAUCCGGGUGCUUUUGAUCUGUUACGUGCGGCUGACACAACCGGGGUGUUUCAGUUGGAAUCCCGCGGCAUGAAAGAGCUGAUCGGCAAACUCAAGCCAGACAGCAUCGACGAUAUUAUUGCGUUGGUUGCUCUGUUUCGACCGGGGCCUCUGCAAUCCGGCGCCGAUGCUGAUUACAUUAAUCGUAAACACAAAUAUGAACCUGUUGUCUAUCCACAUCCGAGCCUGGAAACAGUGCUGGGUGGCACCUAUGGUGUGGUUCUGUAUCAAGAGCAGGUUAUGCAGGUGGCCCAGGAGCUGGCUGGCUUCACCCUCGGCCAGGCGGAUCUGCUGCGGCGUGCCAUGGGUAAGAAAAAGCCCGAAGAAAUGGCCCGGGUGCGUAAAGAGUUUCUGAUUGGCACCGCCGCUAACGAUGUGGAUCAGACCCUGGCCAACGAAAUCUUCGAUCUGAUGGAAAAGUUCGCCGGCUAUGCAUUUAACAAAUCUCACUCAGCCACCUAUGCGGUCAUCAGUUUUCAGACCGCCUGGUUAAAAGCACAUUACCCAGCUGAGUUUAUGGCCGCAAACCUGUCGGCCGAAAUGCAGAAUAUCGAUCGCAUUGUCGUUUUAAUUGACGAAGUGCGGCGCAUGCAGAUUCCCCUGUUACCCCCAAGUGUUAACCUCAGUCAGCAUCGGUUUUCGGUGCAGAAUGACAGUAUCAUCUACGGGCUGGGCGCUGUUCGCGGGGUUGGUGAAGGGCCGGUGGCGGCUAUUGUUGAAGCCCGUGCGGAUGGCGCUUUCACUGACCUGCAGGACUUCUGUCAGCGUCUGGAUACCAAAAAAGUUAACAAGCGUGUGCACGAAGCAUUAAUUGCCUCCGGCGCCAUGGAUGAGUUCGCCUUGCCGGGAGAGCUUCUGGAUAUGACCCGCGCGCGGCUUCGUCACCAGUUACCCCAGGCGUUGCAGAGUGCAGAACAGCAGCUGCGCAACGCUGAGGCAGGUAUUGUCGAUAUGUUUGGUGGCGUUGAUACCAAUGUCAUCACGCCAACCAGGGCUAUGGCAGACAUCAAAGCGUUAACCGGUCGCGAGCGACUUCAGGGUGAGAAAGAAGCCCUUGGGCUGUACCUGACGGGCCAUCCUAUUGAAGAGUAUGAGCAGGAGCUGAAACAUUUCUGCAAACGUAAAAUUGCCAGGCUGCGGGCAGAAAAGAAAACCCAGUGGGUCAGCGGCAUGGUGGUCAGCACACGGAUUAUGAAAAGCCGACGUGGCGCGCCCAUGUGUUUUCUGGUCCUUGACGACCGCAGCGCGCGUUUGGAAGUUUCAUUGUUCCCCGAUUGCUACGAACAAUUUGGUGCCAAGGUGGCCAAAGAUGAGCUGCUCAUCAUAGAAGGUGAGGUGGGUGCUGAUGAAUUUUCAGGAUUUGUGAUCGACUUUCGACAGGCGCCGUUGCCGCCAGACUUUGGUUCCCGGUUGAAGCAGGACUGGCGCGUGCAGGCCAGCGACGACCUUGUACGCAGUUUGAAUGAAGAAUUUGAUGGCUGCGUACGGCUGGAUUACGCGGGUGCGCAGGUCUGGGUGGGUUUCAGCGGCGGCCUUGAUUCCACCGCGCUUCUGCUCGCAGCAAGGCAGGUGCAGCAAUCCCGGUUAGCAGAUCUGCAGAUCAACGCUAUACAUGUGAACCACAAUUUACACGCACACAGCAGCGCCUGGGCAAAGCACUGCGCCGAAGUCUGUGUUGCGCUCGAUGUGCCACUUACUCAGGCGACUGUGCACGUUCCAACGCUCGGUAACCUGGAAGCCAAUGCACGCCGGGUCCGUUACGUCGCUUAUGCGCAGCACCUACCCCCUGCAGGUGUGUUAUUGCUUGGUCAUCACCAGCAGGAUCAGAGUGAGACCAUUCUUUAUCGCUUGCUGCAGGGGCGGGGUAUGUUGACCAUACGGCCCCAGGGUCGCCUCGGCAGCGGGCACUUCUUGCGUCCGUUGCUCAAUCUGUCGCGCUCUGAACUGGGUGACUAUGUUCAGGGUCAUGAUUUGAGCUGGAUUGAAGACCCGACCAAUGCAGAUACCGAUCUGCACAGAAAUUUCCUGCGCGCAGACAUACUGCCCCGGUUGAAAACCCGCUGGGGCAAUGUUGAUACAGCUCUGGCCCGUGUCGCACACCACCACCAGCAAACAGUAGGCGCGUUGGUGGACACACUGUCCUGGCUGCCUGAUGAAGUGCCUGUGCAAACGCUGCCAACGGACCCCGAACGUCGGCGCGCGUGGUUGCGUGCGUACCUGGCCAGCAGGGAGGUAUUUACUGUCAGUGACAGAGGUUUGGAUGAAUUCAUUGCGCAGCAGGCCUCUGCAGGUUCUGCACAUCUGCAGGUGGGUGAAGCAAACAUUUAUAUCUAUGACAGCACGUUCUAUUUUGAAGCUAAGCCGCCACAGGCAAUGGCUGCUGUGCUGCUUGAAGGUCCUGGUGUCGUGGAUUUGCCUUACGGGAAGUUACAUCUGCGGCAGGUACCGCGGGAAGAAGAGUUUGCCUUCAACGCAGCGCAACCGUUGAGGCUGGCGUUCCGCAGUGGCGGCGAAACGCUGCAAGCAGUGACGCCGGGUGAUGCCCUGGUCUGUGUGCCUGAUAUUGCGGUUGCACAAAGUGCUUCAGAAGCGCCAGCAGAUGGCAAUUCAUACUGGCAGGGCAUUAUCACUGCCUCUCUGGCUGCCCAGCUGGAAGCUCGCGCGCUUAAAGUCAACGUGUUGAAGAUGGAUCCCUAUAUUAACGUGGAUCCAGGCACCAUGAGCCCGAUUCAACACGGUGAAGUUUUUGUCACCGUUGAUGGUGCCGAGACCGACCUUGAUCUGGGUCACUACGAACGCUUUUCAAACGUGCGCAUGUGUCGCGAUAACAAUUUCACCACGGGCAGUAUCUACGCAGAAGUUAUCCGGCGGGAAAGGCGCGGUGAUUAUCUCGGGGGUACCGUGCAGGUCAUUCCCCACGUCACGGACGAGAUCAAACGCCGGAUCCGCAAAGUAGCAGACGGCUUUGAUGUGCUGAUUGUCGAAAUUGGCGGCACCGUAGGUGACAUUGAAUCCCAACCCUUCCUCGAAGCCAUUCGUCAGCUGCGACUUGAAGUGGGCAGCGUACAUACGCUGUUUAUCCAUCUCACCUAUGUGCCUUUUUUAAGCAAAGCGGGUGAAAUUAAAACCAAACCCACGCAGCACUCGGUGAAAGAAUUUCGUUCUAUUGGUCUGCAGCCAGAUAUUCUGGUGUGCCGGUCUGAAAACCCGUUACCGCGCUCUGCACGAAGCAAGAUUGCAUUGUUUACGAAUGUGGAAGAACGCGCGGUCAUUUCCAGCUGGGAUGUGGACACGAUCUAUCAGGCGCCACUGAUGCUCCAUGAUGAAGGUCUGGACGACUACGUCGUUGAACGCCUGGGUUUAGAGACAAUCCCGGUAGACCUGUCCGAGUGGCGUGACGUGGUGCAGGCUCAACAGAAUCCAGAGCACACUCUGAAGCUGGCUUUUGUGGGGAAGUAUCUGGAUCUGCUGGAAGCUUAUAAAUCACUGAUUGAAGCGAUUACCCACGCCGGCAUUCAGACCCGUAGUGACAUCCAGAUUAACUAUAUAGAUGCUGAAGACCUCGAAAGAGACGGCACCGAUGUGCUGGCAGAUGCAGACGCCAUCUUAGUUCCCGGUGGCUUUGGUCGUCGUGGGUUUGAGGGCAAAAUUCUGGCCGCAGCCUACGCGCGUGAACAUAAAAUCCCCUAUCUGGGUAUCUGUUACGGGCUGCAUGCGGCGGUGAUCGAUCUGGCCAGGCAUUGUGCCCACCUGGAAGGUGCGCACAGCACCGAAAUUGACGGCGCGGCUAAACACCCGGUCAUUGGACUGGUGACCGAAUGGGUCAGCGCAGACGGUCAGGCACAGAAACGCGACAGUAACAGCGACCUCGGCGGCACCAUGCGUCUGGGUGAGCAGGCCUGUGUCCUGAAUCAGGGCACGCUGGCUCAGCGUGUGUACGAUACGAACGUGGUCUACGAGCGGCAUCGGCAUCGUUUUGAAGUCAACAACCACUAUCUCAAGGACCUUGAGGCCUGCGGUAUGGUCGUCGCUGGACGUUCUGAAAAUGGUGAGUUGGUUGAGAUGAUUGAACUGGUAGACCAUCCCUGGUUCCUGGCCUGUCAAUUCCAUCCUGAGUUCACCUCGUCGCCGCGUAAAGGAUACAGACAGAUGAAAUAUUGCGGAUUCGAUAUUGGCGGGCGAGAACCUUUGUUUCUUAUUGCCGGGCCCUGUGUCAUCGAGUCAGAACAACUGGCGAUGGAAACCGCUGAGACGUUGAAAGAAAUUGCUGACGAUGUUGGCGUGCCAUUUAUCUAUAAGUCUUCUUUCGACAAAGCUAAUCGUUCGUCCAUGGAUAGCUUCCGUGGACCAGGUCUGGAGGAGGGGCUGCGUAUUCUCGAAAAAGUACGCACAACUUUUGCGGUACCAGUAUUAACAGACGUUCACGAAGACACGCCGCUGGAUGAAGUUGCGGCGGUUGUCGAUGUUCUGCAGACGCCGGCAUUUUUGUGCCGACAGACCAAUUUUAUUAUCAAAGCCUGUUCCCAGGGCAAGCCUGUGAACAUAAAGAAAGGGCAAUUCCUGGCGCCUCUGGACAUGUUGCAGGUGGCAAAAAAAGCCCUUUCAACCGGCAAUCCUGCAAUCACAGUCUGUGAGCGCGGAGCCAGUUUCGGUUACAACAACCUCGUUUCUGACAUGCGCUCAUUGUCCUGGAUGCGACAAACAGGCUGCCCUGUCGUUUAUGAUGCAACCCACUCGGUGCAAAUGCCGGGUGGCCUGGGCACGGUGUCCGGCGGUAAUCGGGAAAUGGUGCCGGUUCUGGCUCGAGCAGCUGUUGCUGCUGGCGUUUCCGGUGUUUUCAUGGAAUCCCAUCCGCGGCCCGAAGAAGCUCAAUCGGAUGGCCCUAAUUCAUGGCCUAUGGGCAUGAUGAAAGUGCUGCUUCAACAACUCAAAGAUAUUGAUGAUCUGGUUAAAAGUCAUUCCGGCAUCAUCGGCCGGGCAGUUGCGCCUUCCGGUGCUUCAACGGGUACUCGUGAAGCUCUGGAACUGCGUGAUGGCGAUGCCUCCCGAUACAUGGGCAAGGGUGUGAGCCAAGCCGUAGGGCACGUUAAUUCCUCGAUUGCCGGCGCUCUGCAGGGUAUGGACUGUACAGAUCAGCAGGCGCUUGAUCAGGCGCUGCUGGCGCUGGAUGGAACGCCUAACAAAUCGAAGUUAGGCGCUAAUGCGAUGCUCGCUGUUUCACUGGCAGCGGCCAAAGCCGCCGCGUUGAGCCAGCAGGUGCCACUGUAUCAGCACAUUAACCAGCUGGCGGGUGCGCCGCCGAUGUGUAUGCCGGUACCCAUGAUGAACAUCAUCAAUGGUGGCGAACACGCGGACAAUAACGUCGAUAUCCAGGAAUUUAUGGUGCAGCCGGUAGGCAUGAGCUCUUUUCGCGAAGCGUUGCGUGCCGGUACAGAAAUCUUCCAUCAUCUGAAAGCUGUGUUGUCCGGUAUGGGAUUGUCAACUGCUGUGGGUGACGAGGGUGGCUUUGCGCCUGAUCUCACAUCAAACAGGCAGGCGCUGGAUGUGAUUGCUGAGGCUAUUGAAAAAGCCGGUUAUAAGCUCGGCAGCGAUAUUACGUUAGCGUUAGAUUGUGCUGCAUCGGAGUUUUAUGAAAACGGUCAAUAUAACCUCAGCGGUGAAGGUGUCAGCUAUGAUGCGCCCGGGUUUGCAGACUAUCUGGCGGCACUGAGCGACAAAUACCCGAUUUUGUCCAUUGAAGAUGGUAUGGACGAAAGUGACUGGGCAGGCUGGACCGAACUGACACAGAAAAUCGGCUCGCGGGUGCAGUUGGAACAAUUGACGCAACAGCAACAGCGUGUCGAAGUGCUGCAGCAGCGCAAUCAGAUACUGCUGGCAGAGGCGCCGAUACCGCAGGCGCAAAUCAAAGCAUUACCCGAACACUUUCGGGUCGAUGAGGUGUUAGAACUGCCGUUUUCAGGGCAGGGUGAGCACGCCUAUUUUUAUGUUGAAAAGACCGCUCUGAAUACGGCAGAUAUUGUCGCUAUGCUGGCAGCUCACUUCCAACUGGCACCUCAGGCCAUUGGUUAUGCCGGACGCAAAGACAAACAUGCCAUGACACGACAGUGGUUCAGCGUUCCAACGCCGGAAGAUCACUGGGAGCCUGAGAAUCCAGGGGUAAAAGUUCUUCUAUCUCGGCGCAGCGAAAAGAAACUCCGGCGCGGUGAGCACAGCGCCAACACCUUUGAGCUGACGCUGACCGAGGUGAAACACUGGUGCGGGUCUUCGAUGAGUUCGUUAUCAGAGUGUUUCCCCAACUACUUUGGCACCCAGAGGCUGUCUGCCGGCAACAUACAACAGGCACAGGACUGGCUGCGCAGUGGGGGGUGGGGGCGUGCAUCCCGGGAUCAACCUCGCGGUGCGCGUCGUCGACAACAGAAGCACAAAAGUGGUCGUCGCGGCUGGCAUCUGUCUGUUCUGCGGAGUCUGUUAUUUAAUGCCGUACUGGAUCAGCGUGUGGCUGUGGGCAACUACGCCACGUUGAUCGACGGUGAUGUUGCAAUACACGAGCUGCCUUCCGGACCACUUUGGGGCCGCGGUCGCUCCCAGGUGAGUGGGUUGGCUGCAGAAAUCGAGACCAGCGCGCUAGCACCAUUUGCGCAUACCUGUGAAGCGUUGGAGUAUGCGGGCGUAUCCAUGGACCGUCGUGUGUUGGCGGCACAGGCUAAAGGCUUGGAAGUGUCACAGGCAGCUGACGAUGUGUGGGUCCUGAAGUUCACGCUGCCCCCCGGAGUGUAUGCGACAACGCUGCUGGCAAACCAUUUCAACGUCCACGAUGCCAGUAUCGGUAUGACCUCGCAGCGCACCCGCGACCGCCUGGUCGCCCGUCUGCGCGAGAAAGGCAUAGUCAAUGAGCGCGUCCUUGCGCAGAUAGCAGCAGUGCCGCGACAUCUGUUUGUGGAUGAGGCGUUAUCCCAUCGUGCCUAUGAAGAUACUGCGCUGCCGAUAGGGCAUGGGCAGACCAUCUCGCAGCCGUUUGUGGUUGCUUUAAUGACCCAGGUGUUGCUCGAGGUUGGCCCCCAUAAAGUGCUUGAAGUAGGCACCGGCUGUGGCUACCAGACCGCCAUCCUUGCGCAGUUGUGUCGCCAGGUUUUUACCAUUGAACGCAUCGAAGCCCUGGUACCCCGUGCAAAACAGAGGUUGCAGCGCCUCGGGAUACGUAAUGUGGUGGCUAAAUUCGGCGAUGGCUAUAAAGGCUGGGAUGCCCACGGUCCCUUUGAUGGCAUCAUUGUCACCGCGGCGCCAUCAGAAGUGCCGCCGGAACUGCUUGCGCAGUUGGCUGACGGUGGUCGCAUGGUGUUACCGGUUGGCGGCGAUGCGGGACAGGAACUGCGAGUGAUAGAUAAGCGCGACGGUGUGAUCACCGAACGUGUGCUCGUGGUCCCGGGUGUGUCUGGUGGCACAAUGGCCUUUAUCACCGGUAUUUACCACGAGCUUGUUCGAUCUCUGGCAAGUUUCGGUCCGAGUUCCCUGCGUCUCUUAACCCAGCCGCUGGCGUUUGCUCAACAGCAUAACCUGCGCUUUCUGUGUGCUCUAGCUGGCGGUAUGCUGGUCGGUGUUCUGCUCUUUGCACAACUGAUGAGCUUUCUGCUUGCACACUUUCAGCCGGUUGUGUGGGGUUUCUUCAGCGGGGUGAUCGCCAUGUCCGUGGUCAUUAUCGGACGUGCACGUGCGCCGGUGACACUGCUGAGCUACGGCGUUGUGGGUCUGGUUUGCGGUAUCGCGCUGCUGUGGCUGCCAACUACAAAUACGGAGCCUGCACUGUGGAUGAUUUUUGUCGGUGGCAUUGUUUCGGUUUGCAAACCGCUGAUCGCCGAGCGCUCGCCGGCUUAUACCUCUGGCCCCUACGGCAGUGGGGAUUCGCUGCAGAAAUCUUAUGUUGUACAGAAAGGCGAUACGCUCUAUUCCAUCGCCUGGCGUUUUGAGCUUGAUUACAAAGGCCUUGCCCGCGCUAAUGGUGUGCGUGCUCCGUAUCGUAUUGUGCCCGGUCAGAAAUUAUCGCUGGUGACCCAGCUUGCGCCUUCUGCACGCGUACGCACCCCGGUAGCCCCACCUCCUGCUGCUGCAGCCACUAAGCCGAAACCCAGCACCCGCAAACCACCUGCGACGAGACAGCCCGAUGCCGCGGCAACAGUUGAGCUUGCCAGAACGUGGUCGUGGCCGCUUGAGAUCAAGCCCUAUGCAGAAUUCGGUGGCAACAACAAAGGCCUGGAUUACCGCCUGGGUGACGACCUGCGUCGCAGGAUGACGGUGCGCUCAACCAAUGCCGGUGAAGUGGUCUACGCGGGCAAUGGCAUCGGCGGCUUUGAACGUCUGGUCAUCGUCAAACACAGUGCCAGCCUGCUCAGUGCUUAUAGCUUCGACGGCACCCUGCGGGUGGAUGAGAAGCAAAAUAUUAAAGCUGGCAGGGAAUUGGCCGACAUAAAGAACAGAGGCAAUUUCUGCGUUAGCUCCCCCUGGUUGGCUCUGUCGCGGGCGGCGACAGGGUAUUUACAAGGACGUGGAGAUCAACGCAUGGAAGCACAAGACACACCAGCAGCAAAAACAGCCGCGGCCGAACUGACGGCUGAAAACAGCCAUGUUGGCUCACCGGACGCAACGCAGCUAUACCUUCAGGAAAUUGGUUAUACACCGCUGCUGAGCGCCGCUGAGGAACAGCACUAUGGCCGCUUGGCGCAAGCGGGAGAUCCCGCAGGGCGUAAACGCAUGAUUGAGAGCAAUUUGCGUCUGGUUGUCAAAAUUACCCGUCGUUAUCUCAAUAGAGGCUUGUCUCUGCUGGACCUGAUCGAAGAAGGCAACCUUGGGCUUAUCCACGCGGUAGAAAAAUUUGAUCCGGAGCGGGGCUUUCGGUUCUCCACCUACGCAACUUGGUGGAUUCGCCAGGCGAUUGAAAGGGCGAUCAUGAAUCAGACCCGCACCAUUCGUCUGCCGGUGCAUGUGGUGAAGGAAAUGAAUUAUUACCUGCGCGCCGCACGGGAGUUGUCCCAGAAGCUGGAUCAUGAACCCACCGCGGAAGAGAUUUCCGCGUUAAUCGACAAGCCGGUAGAUGAUGUGCGGCGGAUGCUGAAACUCAGUGAAAGAGUGGAUUCCAUAGAUGCGGUGCGUGACAGUCAUGAUCGCAGCCGGCUGGAAAUGGUGGCGGACGAAAACUCCCCGGACCCUGCAGCUCAGAUUCAACGCUCAGAUCUUUUUAAUAAACUGGAUCUGCUGCUGAAUGAUCUCUCUUCUAAACAUCAGGAAGUGAUUGCGCGACGCUUUGGUCUGCGUGGGCAUGCUUCUGCAACGCUGGAAGAGGUGGGUGCUGAAGUGGGCUUGACCCGCGAAAGGGUGCGACAGAUUCAGAUGGAAGGGUUGCAGCGUCUGCGAAGAGCCCUGGAAGACCAUGGGCUCAAUGUGGAUCAGAUAUUCAGUCAGUAG